CGUGUGUAAUUAAUAUUUAUAUAAUCGUUCAGUAUAUCUGAUGAUUACGUUUGUUACCUACCGAUCUUCUUCUAAAUUUUCGCGUAUGCACUAUACAAUAAUGUGAUUUACGUAAAACGAAAUUGUGAUGAAUUAAUUUUGAAGUCAGAAGUUCGCCAGAAUCGACAUGUCCUACGACAUUGGACAAAUAGGAAUUCUAGUAGUUAUAUUCACGCUUAUUCUAGCGUGCGGUAACGGGGGUGUAAGUGAUGAUGAUUACACUGACUUGUACUCGGUCCACAUGGACGCAAAACAUGCGGAUUAUGUGACAGAAUAUCUGGAAAACGUGGGGUUUGAGUUCCAGCAUAAGGUGGCAGACUACUACAUUUUUAAAGACGUGGAAUCCCAGAGUUCGACCAGUAUAGCUGUCAUUCGAAGUAAAAUUAAAAUGAAGAUCAGGUCGAUGAAAAGAGUCCGCAAACAGUACCUUUCGUAUGAGCCGGACGCUGGCAACAGCGAAAAGACCAGGUCUUCCAAGAUUCUGCAUAUGAAAAAAGGAGGUGCCGCACCCGGCCGCAAAAUUAUUAUGUGCGCGCCAUACUACGAUGCCUUGCAAGGCAUAGACGAGGCGUGGAAACUCGGCUAUACGGGUAAAGGUGUUGUUGUUGCCGUAACGGACACUGGCUUUACCGUAGACCACCCCGAACUUAGCCCCAAUAUUAAUUUAGAGUUGUCAAAGAACUUUGUUCAAAACGACACAUCAGACCUUAGUCCUGGGGACAACAGAGAAUACAUGUUGUCGCAUGUUAAUCAUGGCAAUGAUUGUGCAAGCGUGAUAGCAGGUGUUCACAACAAUAACCUGUGUGGGACAGGUGUAGCACAUAACGCCACGUUAGCAGUGUUAAAGAUUGGACGGUUGAUUGAAGUCAGGAAUAAAUAUAUAUUUGACACCGAUGAAACGAAGUAUGGAGAGGGGCUAAUACACAAAUGCUCAGAGAUUGAUAUUUACUCAAAUAGCUGGGGUGCAUCAGUAGGCCCACUUGGAAGCUGUUCUUUCAUUAAAGAAAUCCUAAACAUGGGCACACAACAGGGACGCGGCUCCAAAGGCUCAAUAUACGUGUUUCCUUCCGGAAGGGUCGGCGACUGUCUGACCUCCAGCAUAUAUACCAUCACCGUGGGUGGUCUGAACUAUGACCGCUCGCUUCCGGGAAACAGCGUGCAAAGUUCGGCCACUCUUGCGUCCGCAUUUUCCGGUCAGAAUAGCAGCUUUUCGGACAAGAAAAUGGUAACUGCCUUUUUACGCCAUGACAAGCCCUGCACGAACUCAUUUGGCGGUACAUCAGCGGCUACGGCUGUCGUUGCGGGUAUCACAGCGCUGGUGUUACAAGCAAACUCCAAUCUGACCUGGCGGGAUGUUCAACAUGUCCUUGUUCAAAGUGCACUCAAUUGUUGUUUAGAGAACUUCAGGUUAAACGCAGCCGGUCAUUAUUUUCACGACACGUUAGGCUUCGGGAUCGUAAACGCUACGAAAGCGGUCUUGUUGGCCGCGGAAUGGAAUGCUAUUUCUCAACAGGUCAAUGUGAAUGUCAAAUUCACAAGAAAGAACGCAAACUUAUCAGCCAAUGUUACCUGUGCCGAUGGUUGCGUUGAACACGUGGAGCACGUUAAAGUGACAUUCAGAAUUGCCACACAACAACAAGUUCGCCUGACGUUGCGUUCGCCGGCAGGUACAGACUCCAUUCUGGCCAACGUCGUUAAAAUUCUCGUUGAAAAUAACUUCCAAGAAGUGGAGACAUUGUCUGUGAAUUUUUGGGACGAAUCAAGCUACGGAAUAUGGACCAUGAUCAUCGAGACGUGCGAAAAUGGUUCUUUGGUAAGCUGUGCCGAGUCCAGAGACGUGGUCACAGACAUCAAGCUUGUUAUUUAUGGGACAGGCACGAAGGGAAACGACACAGAGGACAACGCAGCUACCACUGACAGCGGCGCUGAUGACUUUUCACCUGUUAACGACCAUCCUCAGAGUAACUCUUGGUCAGUUAUCGUAGUACUAGUGUUGUCUGUCGUUUUCGUUUUUGCGGGUAUCGUGAUGUAGAUGCAAGAACAACAGACCUAAUAUUCCGCACAACAUGGAUAUUAAGAUGAGUGAAGUCGCUUUAAUUCCUGAACAUGACCAUGAUGAUUAGACGGAUGAAUUUUAAAAUGCAUGGCGGAUGUUUGCGAAAUUCAGAAAUACAACAGAACAAUCAUCUUUUUUUUUCAGAAAAUAUACUUGACUUGUAUAAUGACAAAAUGAGAUACUGUAGUUAAGUUCAGUUACAAUAAUGUCAAAAUAUUCAUAAAACACUAAAAUUGUCUCUUUAGCAACAGUGAAAAAGUCCAAACAUGACAUAUAAUAAAUGUGGAUUUUUUUCAAGGGUCUCUGUAGACAUUUUGUUCAAUAAUGCAAAAAUCCUAGCAAAUAUUUAUCCGUCUUAAGUGGUCUGCUUAAUUGAUGCCCGAUUGAUUUUGCAAUCACAAAUCGAGUCUGGCCAUUAUAAACAUACACUAAACACGAGAAACAGCUCAAGUGGAAUUUUCUCCCUGAUCGGCGGGCUGUAAGACUGUGACAAUUAGAAACCUAUCAAUUAUAUGAGGCCCUUCUUUGUAUUGUGCGUAUUCCGUUGUUGUUGUUGUUUUUU